GUGAGCGCUGCAGAGCGCGUAGUGUGUGUCAGGUUUCAUUCUGAGAGAGACUCAAGCGCGCAGCAGUCAGACAAACCCGUCAAAUGGCACGACUGAAGCACACGGACUCCCACUAGAGCCGGAGAUCACUCAACAGUCAUCUCCAUGCACUUGUAUGAGCAGCAUGCCUCUGUUGAGGUAAUUUUGAAGAUUGAUAUUUUCACGUGAAAAGCGGGUUAAUUGACUGAAAGGAGAACUUUAAUCAAUUUAUUUGAGCACGACCCCCGUUCAGCGUGAUAAAGUGCUGGAUAAACAUCAAAUUGCCUACAUAAGUCUCACAGACAUGGAGGACAUGAAAUUGCGAGUAUCACCUCAUUCCAGUCGGGAGAGGACCUGCGUUCAGCAUCCUUGCCAAAAGCGCAUUUUGACGAACUGGAAGGACGUCUGUGCAAUCUGCGUGUGCUUGAUCUCGUUUGGAGUUUGUGUGUUGCUUUACCUGAGGACAUCAGAUCUGCAGUCCAGGGUGCUCAGUUUGGAAAAGGACAGAGAUCCUCGUAUCUCCAGUUGGAUCUCUCUGGAACAGGUGGAGCCCGUCCUGUGGAGUCGACUGGAUCAGAUAUUAGAGGAGAAAUUAGCAGCACGUCUACCGAAGAUCCGGGCGGCUCGGGAUGCACCUCAUAACUGCAUCUGUCCACCAGGUCCUCCUGGUCCACCUGGACGAGCAGGCUUUCCGGGAGACAAAGGAUCAAUGGGCAUUCCUGGAAGAAUGGGCUUAAAGGGAAACCUGGGGGAGAAGGGAGCGCCAGGAGAGCCAGGUCUGUCUAUCAUUGGCCCACGAGGACCUCCUGGACAACCCGGUACUAGAGGAUUUCCAGGCUUUCCGGGCCCCAUCGGCUUGGACGGGAAACCUGGACAGAAUGGUCCAAAAGGUGAUAUGGGUCCUCGUGGUCCUAAAGGAGUACCAGGUGAACCUGGUCCAAAAGGAGAGAAGGGUGUAUGUGGUGACUAUACUCACAGGAAACGCCGAAUUGUCAACGUCUGUGCUGGAGGACAGGCCACACAGGGCGAUCCCGGAGCGCAAGGACCACCGGGACCUCCUGGCCCCCCAGGGCCUCCAGGGAAUCCUGGCCUAACUGGUGCUAGUGGGCCCCCGGGUAAACCCGGAGAACCUGGAAAACCUGGAAAAGACCCAAGGAUGCUACCGGGGCUGAAGGGUGAACCCGGUGUACCUGGACAAAAGGGUGAUCAUGGUGAAGCUGGUCCAAGUGGACCUGAAGGCCCCAAGGGAAUUAAAGGAGAUGAAGGAAUUAAGGGAGAGCCUGGUUUCCCAGGCGCCCCUGGACGAAAGGGUCAGGCAGGUGUUUCUGGUAUCCCUGGAAAACGGGGCUACAAGGGUCCAAGAGGAAAGCCAGGAGAACAGGGACCCAUCGGCCCUGCUGGACCUGAGGGACCACAGGGAGAAGGAGGAGUCAUGGGCUUGCCUGGGGCAAAAGGACACAAGGGAGACAUGGGCCCCUCAGGAUCAGCUGGUCUAAAAGGUGAACCUGGGGAGAAAGGGGAUAAAGCAGAGCUGGUCUAUGGGCCCGCUGGACCUCCAGGACCUGCAGGGCCAGUUGGGCCAAUGGGACCUCCAGGUUUGUCAGGACCAAAGGGAGAACCAGGAAUAGGCCUGAGAGGAGAGAAGGGAUCACCUGGACAGAAAGGAGAGAAAGGAGACAGGGGCCAUCUCGGACUCCCUGGGGCUCAUGGUUUAGACGGCAGACCUGGUCCAGUGGUGAGUGGCGCAAGACCCGUUCCCAUCAUCCACCCCUUUAUUUCCAUCCAUCCCUCUCUCGUUUCCCCCUCCGCAGUGUCUGCCUGCUUCUCUCUUUCUGUCUGUCUGCCUCUGCUUGAACUGUUGCUUGCUUGCUUCUACGUUUUUGUCUUUUCUGUGUUGUCUAAUGUUCAAGGCCUUGUUUUGAUCUCUAUUGAGGUUGCAUCGGCAUGAGUAUGACUUUGAUUUGACUUUGUCCCUAAGCCUGUUUGGCUGUUGCCUCUUGCUGUUUCCAGAGGUACCGUGCUUGGUUGAUUUCUCAACCUGACAACACGCGAGUGACUGAAGGGAAGCAUGGCCAAACACUUAUAAACAUUUCUCUCUCUCUCUCUAAUGCACUUUGUUUUUUGUUUAAAUAUGCACUUAGUGCUCUUCAAAAGCGAAUAUUCCCUUUGCAUUUCAUGCUGUCGCAGCCCUCUAUACCUUUACAUAUUCAAACAUGCUUGACCUUUCGAAGGCUUAAUUUGCUCCAAACUUCAGAGCUUUGUUUCAUUCCACGACAAGCUUUGAUCUUGUAAUGUCAUACCAGCAGAGAGCAUGAUGGGAUGCGGCUGCAUGAACUAUGAUUUAAUGGCAUACAACUGUACAAAUGGCUGAGAAGCAAGACUCCCGAAAAAGCAAGAUGUCUAACAGCCCUUCUGUUGAAUCCUCUCCAAGUCAUGGGAGGAAAAUAGAAGAUGGAUUUGCUGUUAUAUUUACUUGCGUGUCUGUUUAUUUCUGCUUAGAUCAACAAACUUUGGAGUUUUGUGGAAUUCCUCUGCAGACUGGUCCUCAGAUGGCUCUUUUUAAACAUAUAAGGAGUUUAAAUUGCUCUUAUUCGGCUCAGAAAAGUUUGUUGAUCUAUUGGUGCUCAACACUGAUUAGUUUCUAUCCGUUCUCUAAACUCUUUACCCACCGCCGUCUCCUCUGUUGAAGCUCACGCAUGUCAUUUUCUUUGU